UCUGACAUGAAUGUCAUCAGUCAUCAUCUGUAUGUUUUGUUUUGUAUUCACGUUUGUAGUUUGUAUUUCUUUUAAAAAUAGUUAUCUUCACCCGAACUUAUUCUGGAUGAUUUAUAUUUGCUUCUAUAUACAGGAUUGAUCAAACACGGCUCAGAUAAUGAUUGUAACUGGAGCAAAGGCAAGAUCCUUGUUGAGAGCAAUUCAAAAUGGAAUCAUUGAUAAAAUAAAAUCGGCUUACGAAAAAGAAAUUAAUAUUAAAUGUUAUGGAAGUUGCAGGUCUGUCCUGAAUUGGGCUACGUAUUUUGGAUUGAUUAAACACAGCUCAAAUAAUGAUUGUAAGUGGAGCAAAGGCAAGAUCCUUGUUGCGAGAAAUUCAAUAUGGAACCAUUGAUAAAAUAAAGUUAGCUUACAAAAAUGAAAUAAAUAUUGAAUGUUAUGGAAGUUGCAGGUCUGUCCUGAAUUGGGCUACGCAUUUUGGUAAAGAUUAUAUUGUUCGCAAAUUACUAAAAAAUAAGAAAUUGAUAAAAAACACAGACUUGGACACUUCCUUACAUAUAGCUGCAUUGGAAGGUUAUACUACUCUUGUAAAAUUGUUGAUAAAACAUGGAGCAGAUAUUGAAUUUGAGAAUGAUGAUGGAGAAACACCAUUACUACUUGCAAUUAAAUCUAACGAAGGAUAUAAUCUUAAAGAUGUUGACAGUCUUGUCAAUAUUUUAAUAGAAAAUGAAGCAGAUGUAAAUGCGAGUGAUAAUGGUCUAAAUACUUCUCUUCAUAUGGCUUGUCAAAUGGGCUUGUGCAGUAUUGUGGAACUGUUAUUAGAUGCAGGAGCAGAUAUUAAUUUGCAAAAUGGAACCGGCUGGACUCCUUUGUUUUGUGCUGCUUAUUAUAACCGGCUGUGUAUUGUGAAAUUAUUAUUACAUCGAGGGGCAGAUGUCACCAUCACUGAUGAUGAGUCAGGAGACACAGCUUUGCAUAUGUGUGUUAAAUGUGACAAAGUGGCUGUUACAGAAUUGUUACUUCAAAAUGGAGCUGAUGUGACCAGUAGAAAUGAAGAUGGAUAUGAUAUUUUCGAUUUAGUAAAUAAUGUUUUUGAGACAAAUAUAACUAAUGGUAAAAAGUUAGUCCGAUCUAUAUUGUAUUCAAACAUCAACACACCUAUACCCGAGCGUCACAACAGUGGGAACUUUUCGAGAUUCUGGGAUGCAUGCAAAUCAGAAUUAGAACUAAUGAAGGCUUGUAAAAUAGCUGAGAGCAAUAUAUCCUAUAAUCAAUUAUUGCUUGAAAGAAAUAACAGUAAAUUAGCAGCUUUUCUCAGCAAUGCGGACAUAGUUAGUGAACUAAGCACACUAGAUUAUAAGAAGAAAUUUCCCAUAUACGAAGAUUACAUUGCGAAAAACAUUAGUAAAGGAGAGCGUAGACUACAUGUGUAUUACGAAGCUGAUCAAAUUAUGAAUAAUUUCAGUCCGUUUUUGCCGAUAAUGGUUCGGAGAAAAAUAUAUAAUUAUUUAUCAAACUCUGAUUUUGCUGCAUUUAAACUGAGUAUGACAUACAAAUAUACAGCACCUUCAUAUAAGUUACCACAUUACUGUAACUAUUAACCUUGAAAUGUUUUAUUAAAUAUUUUUGUAUUAAUAAGUAUCUAAUAAUAAAGUUUUGUAUUAAAGAG